CGUGUCUUUUUACUAUUGCUUUUGCAGAAUCAGCGUAAGUAUGCCUUUUUUAUUUCGUAAAUUAUGCAUUCAAAUUCUGCUUGGCUGGUUUUGGAGUUUUCCCCGCCUCCUUGAUCUGAUCUUUGCUGUACUUUGUGCUCUGCUAUCGAUUGCCUCGUUCGUUUUCCAAAACAAGCUCUUUUAACCCCCCAAAAUCGAUCGCUCUUCGAUAAGCAUUGUAUAACUGUGAAAUAUUUCGAGGUCAUGAAGAUGGAAUUGCAAAGGAAAAUCGCGUUUGUGCUGGGUGAGUCAAUCGUUUCUUGUUUCCGUGUGUUGAGCUGUCUGACAAUCGAGCUGAGGUGGAGCAUUUUUUAAUGUACAUCCGAUGCCUAAUAUUGAAUUGCAACUGAAAUUUUCGCUUCAGUCACAGCACAUUCGACCUCUUUUCCCCUUGUUAGAUCUCGAUGAUAUAAUUGCAGGUUCUAUUCUGCUAAUUUCGUGCCGACCUAUAUAACAUCACUCGUGUGUGUUUAAGGUAAAUUAAGCGUAAUAAACCAUUAUGACAUGCUUCAGAGAACCUCACGGACUCGUGCCUUUUGGAGAAAGUUUCGCCAGCCAGGCGUAACACUUCGCUCGCCCUUUUAAUUAAGUUCGUUUCCGCUGCUUCUGUCACAGUUUUGGCCAUAAAAAAAAAAAAAAAAGAAUCUACCGUGGUUCGAUUAUCACAUAUCUCUUGGUUUAAAACCGCGUGAUGUUCAGCGUUCUUAUAGCUUUGUUGUCGUAAUUUCUGAUCGCGUGCCAGUUCAACUGUAACACAGCUCGGCGGGAUGUUUAUUUCACGAAGUUGCAAUUUCUCAACACGAGACUCGUGUUGUCGUUUUUCGUCCUCUAUUUAACGUUUCGUGAAGAAUCUUUUUCACCGCUUUAUGCAUUCCUUCGCGUGUUUGUCUCGUAUUUGGCUUUGUUCAUGCUUGCAUGACGUGAUUUGUAAUUCGAUGCGUUCUCGGCGCGGACUUGUGUCUGUUUUACUAAUGCAAUUUCAGUACAGUAGUAUUGUUAUGUCUUUUCAUUACCUUCGAUUGAUAAUUACGCGGACAUCGUUUCACUGUGUUAUACAGUGUAGGCACUUUUGCAAUAUGCCCUUCAUGAGAUAACGCGUCAGGGCAGUUUCUCUCCGGAUAUUGCUCCACCUAAAAAAUAGAUGUGUCAUAGCAUUUAGCCUAAGUGGCUUUUGAGGUUUUUGAAUUUUCUCUAUUGUUCUGAAUGGAUCUUAUAUAUUUACCCUUGUAUUUAUACUUUGACCUGUAUGUUAUAUUGUGGUGAUUUUUUAGUCUUACCACCCUGUAUUGUAAGAUAUCAAAACCAGAAACUAAUUCCCGUUCUUGAUCAACAUUAUUUGGGUUGAUUUCCCGAGAGUCGCCCGAGGUCUGGUUUCUUUCUCAGCUUUUUGUCAGGCUACAAUAAUGCGUCAGUUGGACUGACUGCUUUGACUGGGGCAAGUGUUAUUCUUUUGUGGGUUAAAUCUUAGCUUUUUAAUCUCAAGUCAAUCAUUGAGACGUAAGAAUGAAGUAAUUCUAUAAACUUGUAAGUCUGUGUUACUAGACCUCUGAUGUGACCAUUUGUUCACCAGCAGUACCUUGAGGCCCUCAUAUGGGUGGGUGGGUGGGUGGUAUGCAUGUUCCUAGCCUGUCAUUUCAUGUAUUGAAGAGAAGGCUAUGUCCCUGUUGGUAUUUGACUAUUUCACUUGCACUUUUUUUUGUUGCUGUUGCUGUUUCAACCCAUCUUUAACCCUUUAAGCCCCAGUAUCCACAUACAAAUUCUCCAAACUGAUCUCUAUACAUUUCCUUAAAGAAUAAGUAGAGAGAAUUUGAUAAUAGAUCAAGGCAUUUUCUCUUGUGUGAUCAUUUUAUUAAUUCUUAUAAUUUAUCUCUUGUUGACAGUGUAUGGAUAUUGUUUGGAGAAAUUUGAUCUUGGUCACUAUUGGGACUUAAAGGGUUAAGUCAUUUGUCACCAAUUUUCAGCAGCUGUCUUGUGUUGCUUUUAGAAUUUUAACCUAACAAGAUCUCAAAUGAAACCUCUUCAUUAGUACUUUCCCUCCUUAUUAGUUUUUUGUUAUGCAGUUCUGACUUUUGAGUCUAUAUGUGGACAAAUGUGCUAUGGUGUGACCUUGCAUUAAUGUGCAUCUAUUUGGAAUAAAUUGUAAGCUUUAGUGUCUUUAAAGAGCGCUUGAGUCUCAAAAAUUGAUUUGUUUGAUUUGUCAAUGACCUUUUGAUUUAGUUUAUUUUCUGGUUAAUAAAAAUUUUGGGGUAAUUCAUUUGUUUCAUCUUUGGCACUCUUAAAUUUAAAAGGAAAUAACAAAGUGCAGUUCUAUGAUGAAAUCUUGUAACCUUGUGAAACAAACCAGAUUAUAAAUUCUUAACUAAAAGCAUUAGGAUUAAUCAAAAUUGCCAAAGUAACCAUUAUUAUUGUUAUUAUUAUUAUUAUUAUCAUCAUCAUUAUUCCUAUAACUAUUUUUAUCUAACCUAGAACUGUAUCAUGGCUUGAAGGAGAGACCUUCUUACUGCUUGUCAAAUAUUCCUUAUAACCCACAAACAAUAGCAUUUAUGGGGCAUGGUUUUGUGAGUGUUGUUAUCCAGUGAUCAGUUAUCCCUUUAGAAUUUUUUAAAACUUUGCAUAUGGUACUUUGUUAGACUGCUUGUGACAAAGUUUAUAAUUUAUUAUUAAUGAAGUUAAGGGUUAGGACUGUCCCAGAAGUAAAUGUAAUUUAAGAUUAACAGUAGGGUGGUCAAUGCCAGACUGAUUUAUUGUAUCUUAUUGGUUCUCAACAAAUGUACCACAAAGUCGGUGUAAGUGAAGGUUAAUUAACUGUGACUUGGGGCAUGCAGUUCUUUGUCCUUUUUUUUGACUUAUGGACUAUAAAGUGACUAACCGUUUGCAGAUGUCAGAACAUGAAGGCAGCAAUCCUCAGUUAUUUAUUAUAAGACCCUGAGUGUUGAUCAUCAUGGGCCUAUUGUUUCACGGUAACUUAACUUACUCAUCCCUAUAAGAUAUCAGGGUAGUAGAGUACCACAAACCCAAAGAAGGGCACCCCAUGUUGACUUCAUGGUCAGUUUUUCUCACUAUCUUUUAUGUUUGUGUGUGUUUUUUCAAAACCUUUAUUGAUAAGGUUAUCAUCACCAUUGGCAAGAAACUAUAUAUGGACACUGAACUCAUUCAAGAUAGUUUCUUUCCAUUUCUAGAGUACAGAUUUGAUAAAAAUCUUACAGAACGCUAACUUGGGGCUACAAGGACAAAUACCAUUUCUUAAGGAAGUUACUUGUUCUACAGAACCAGUGGACUACUGCUUUGAGAGUAAGUGUCACUUAUAGUAACAGCGACAGCAGAGUUAUGGGAGUAUGGGGGGUGUGAGGGUACAGAAGGCAGGAGAGGAAAGGGUGGGGAUCAAUCAGGGGGAAUUAACAGGCAACAAUGCUCAAGACGGAAUCCAUCAGGAAAUUGAGUAAUUUUAGCUUUCAGGGGACAAAAAUCUUGUACCAGAAUAAUUUAAAGAAUGUUGCAUUCUCUUUUACAUUUUCCAAGGGCUAAAGAAGUAUGGGUAAUUAUAUAGUCAUCAGUAAUAACACCAAAGAAAAUUUCUCAUAGGAGUCCAAGAAAAUAAAUGUCAAAUUUCACAAUAAUUGUGAAAACACUGGUAAAAUUCUGAAAAUUUCAUGUGUAAGAUGUAAUUUUAUGAAAUUUGACAUUCAUCUUUUCGGGCUCUCAUCAGAAAUUUUCUUUGGUGUUACUACAGAUGACUAAUUACAUCUUUAGCCCUUGAAAAAUAAAAAAAAAGAAUGUGACAUUCUUUAAAUUAUUCUGGUACAAGGUUUUUGUCCACUGAAAAUUAAAAUUACUCAAUUUCCUGGUGGAUUCCGUGUUAAUAUGUCACAAUAAAAAAAACGCUCUCUGAAAUGUCAUCUGUCUCCUUGCCCCAUCCCCCAAUGGGCAGCGAGGCAAGAGAGACAACAGGGUGGGUUGAAGAGAUGGAUGACAUCUCAGACUAGAAUAAAGGUGAUAGGGAGCAAAAAUGCAAGGUCCUGGAGGCGGGAGACUCGGACCUCCAUACCCCCCACUUGCAAGACUGUUGCACCGUCACAAUGAUCAUAUGUAUUAAAAGUGACAUUGGAUUGGUCUUUCAAUGGUGUGCUUAUCCAAUAUUAAAGAUUAUUCAUAUAACACAGAAUGGCCAUAAUUUAUCCUGUUUUCUUUGCUCUUUCUAUGAAAAUCAAUAAAUUUUGAUAAUAAUUUAUCACCCUUUUUAGAGUGCUCAAGGUAUUUACACUUCCAGCUAAUUUGCUACAUCUACAAGACAAAGAAAUUAGAGAAGGCUGUCAAAACCAAGGAUGUUCUAUGUUCCUCUCUUGCUGAUAAGCUAGAUGUUAUGAAGGAAGACAAGAAAUUUAGGGUUACGUCAACAGACAUGAGCAAGAACCGGAUGAAUGAAAACGAUUAUAAGGUGGGAGGGGAUAGUGGGGAAUAUAACCGUUGCAAUGGCACAAGUGAACCAGAUCGUAUUCGAGACGCGAGCGGUGACAAUGCAUCGAACGAAGAGCAAAUUUUCAAGGCAAAGUUUGAGAGCACAGAAAAAGAGUUGAAGAAAGUUAAGGAGGACCUGAAUAAAACAACUACUGAGAAAUCUAAGGUAGGUUUUUUAGAGAAGAUGGGAAGACGCAUCCAUUUAGCUGAAUAACAAAACUGAUGAAAAGCAAGCAAACUUCGCUUAUUUUUAUUUGUUAGUUUUUUAAUAACACGAUGGACUAUUUGACGCCUGUAAAUGGUAAUCAUAAAAUUAAUUGGAUCCACAAAUUCGUAGGUCACGUGUUUAAUGACUCCCAGCUUGCUUUGAUUUUAUAAACUAAAUUUAUAGGGCAGUACUUACCAGUUUUCAUCAUUUGAAUUUAAGUAGCUGUUCCGGUUGCCAGUGACGCUAGCUGCGAAACAGGAUUACUACUAGCUCUUUUUGUGUAGCGGACUUUGCUUCCGCUCCUUCAGAGCCUCAUGCCCGGGCUCUCUCUACUCCCUUUUAAAGCUUGCGAAACUCAGAAAAUAGAGUAGUUUUCUUAGUAGAUCAAUUUCGCCUUUGUUAUUGACAAAACGAACCUUUUUUUUCCAUUCAAAGUUUUGUAUGAUGUUCAUGUUUCUGAACGUUUAUUACAGUUAGAGGAGAACUUAAAGGACUUGCAAGAAAGUCACGCGAAAGAGGAAAACGCGUUACGCACUCAAAUUACCAAGCUUCAACAAGAAAGAAGGCAGUUACAAGAGGCUAUUACCCAGUACCAGACGAACGAGCAAACACAGAAACAGGAGUUCGAUCAAGUGCUGUUUCGCGCGCAAGAAAUGCACGAAAUGCUUGAAAGAGAAACUCACGAAAAGUUUGUUUCCAUCGCUGAGCAAAAGUCUCUGAGGCAACAGGUCGAGAAUCUGUCCAAGAACAUGAAAUCAUUACAAGUGAGUUUAGUUUGUCACUUGACCCACCGUCCCAAGCAAUGACACUUAAAAACAAACAAACAAGCAAACAAAUAAACAACAACAACAACAACAAAACAGCAAGAACAACAAUGAUACACUUUGACACUGAAUCAAACCUCAAAAAAAUGUACUGAACUAUUAUAACUAAACAUUAAAAAAGUGUCAUAGAUAUCUUAAAAGAAACAGACGUUUCGGGUGUACUUUACGAUGAAACAAGGUAAAUAUAUAAAUAUAAUUUAAUUCCAGUGUGGUGAAAGUACCUUGUAUAGAAGCCUAAACAAAAGAAACAUGUUGUUUCAAUUUAAGUGGUAUAAAAGAACUGUGAAUUUCAACGAGAUUUUGCGAGUGUAGAUAGUAAAGCUCGAGUCUAAGUUAUCGUUUCUAAAGAUUUCCGGCGAAGAUUUAGUUGUUAGUUUAAUUAGCCAAUUUUUGUGCUGUACUCCCUACACCAGAGUAUGCUGAGUAAGUUAAUCGUUUCUGACCAUGUUUUUUUUAGGUGAAAAGUGAGGAAUUUGUUCGUUUUCACUGUGAUCAAGAAGACCAGAUUGACGACUACAAGAGACUAAAGAAGAUUAUCCAUGAUAAUGGCUUGCCAAGUAUUGAACAGAUGAUUGCACUGCAAAGACAGGUAAAUGAAUGCUUGCCACGCACCUCCUUUUUAGCCGGGAUUGUCUCAUCCCAAGCUAGUCUUGCGUGUCGUAAAAUGGACAGCGUAUCUUGCUUAGUCCCUGUACGGCGUCUUCCCGGGCCUUGUUGGUCAAUGCAUUUCGGUGACGUAUCCGAGACGAAGGUUCGUGAUCGGACCACGCGAUCCGAAACGCAUCGGGCGCGCUCCAUAACGAGGCCUAGGGACUAGGCAACUGCAUGUGAGGGAUUGCACCAUUUAUGUGAGGGAUUCCACCAUUUUGAGAUGCUGUGCAUUUAGCGUGCCAACAGAUGAGCGUUAGAUAAAGUUUUCAAUUUCCUGGGAGCAGUAAAAUCUACGGUUCUCUACUCACUGUCUUAAUUGGCGUAAAUUGUGUACCUGUUAGGACAGUUAGUGAAUAAUAUGUUUUUAAUAAAUAAUCGACUUAAGAAAGUUAUAUAUCUACAAGAAUCUCCUGUUUUUGAGUCUGUACCGGUCUCAUGUAAUCAACGAAGCGUUUCGUCCCGGUCUCAUGUAAACGACGGCACAAUUACAAAUUCGUACGGGCCUAAGUUCGUCCCGGUCUCAUGUAAUAGCCCCCUUACUCGAAAUCUGUCGAUCUGUCCACGUGCGGUUUACGUGAUAUCAUCGCACAGGUGAGUGAAUAUCCCGGAUAAUAAGAAAACAAAUCGACUGCGCAUGCUUCUGAUCGUACAGCCAACAAAUUUUGGCUUUUUUCCCGCUAUUGUAGAGAAUAGUGUACUGGCUCACAUUAGGCUCGCCAGCAACUAAAUGAAUAGUAGCAUGUUAAAGUACCAUGGAAGAGGUUUCAUUGCAUGGUUACACUGGCCGUAAGAUUUCAUCUACAGAUCUACAGCUUAGAGGCACGGUUGAUAACUCCAUCAUAACGGACUUCUGAGUAAAAGAGAUUCCUUAUUAUUAUAUGAUUUACAGAAUGAACAAUACCGUGAAGAGUUCCUGAACGAAAGGAAAGAGAAGGAACGUGUGCUUUCUUUAAAAGACAAACUGAAGCGAGACUUGGAGAACGCACAGUCCAGAAUCUCCUCUCUACAAGAGCAGGUACGUCUUACCCUCUCUUCAGUAGAAUUUGAAUGCGGUAUAGCGUCAACAAAUAUGCAUGAAAUAUGUUAAUACGAAAGAUCAAUCGAGCAAGUCAGUGCUCAAAGGAGUUUAAGUCGCGUACGCCCUAAGGAAACCCACCUCGAAUAGCUUUAAUAGCUGCAAAUAGUCACAGAAUUUGUAAUUAUACCCUAAAAGUUUCAAUGUCUGUUGUUGUUACCUGCUGUUGUCGCUUGGUUGAAGGCUCCGAAUAAAAUUUGUUACAAGGAUCAGCUCUUUUCCGGUAUAUGAUCAAGAAGACGUGUCCGUCUUGAGUUAUCAGUAUCUGUCAUAUUACCUUACCAGGUGUACAAGUACAGGGAACAUAUCUUCUUCCUGCAGCAGAAGUUCAAACAGGAUGGAAGCAGCCCGCAGCCAAGCUCCCCGAUGUUCGAUACACCGAGCAGUUCGCACGGAAACAGUCUCAGUCGACUGUACGGCAGUACCGCCACCCAGUAUAUCAAUGAGAUGUUACUUCAGGGAGCUGCUCAUUCCAAAUUCCCCACGGGAGUACUUCCCGAGGGGAAAAGGCCGGGUCCUGGAAAGCAGGGAGACGGAGGGAAACAAUGGCAAUAUCAGCAGGUUAGAAUAAAACCGUACUUGAGUCAUCCUCGUUCACAGGGUCCUCUCUCGCUACGGAGGACGAGUAGAGGAGACCCUGGGAACGAGGUUUUAGUUGAGUUAUCUUACGUCACUGCCCAACGUGUUGUUCGAUGGCUUUCUCUUAUAUGACCACUGCACCUGCACCUGUACCUAUUCCGUAGUCAAUGACCGUUGGGGCGCCACGGACAUAGCAACCCUCUCCCUCCAUUUGAUUUUGUUUUCAGCUUCCCUUACAGCGUUGCAAAACUUCAACCCUGUCCAACGCUUCUUUUGUCGGCCCCUUCUUCUUCCUCCUUGCACUGUUCCUUGUAAAAUUGUCUUGGCAAGCCCGAUGAUCUUGAUACAUGCUCAAACCACUUUAACUUGCGUUUCUUUACUGUGGUUAAGAUAUCAUAGGGCCCAAUGGCUUGCCUGAUUCUGUCUCUGACUGCAUCGUUAGUGAUGUGAUCUCUGUAUGAGAUGCUAAGCAGUUUCCUAAAGCAUCUCAUCUCAGUGGUCUGCAAUUUCCUCAGGAUGUCCGCUGUCAAUGCCCAGGUUUCGCUGGCAUACAAUAGUACUGAGAUAACUAGGGAGCGCAUUAGUCUGAUCUUCUAGCUUAGAGAGAUAUGUUUAUCGUUUGAUCACUAAUGGAUUUUACACUUCCCACUACUUUUUCACACUACUGGAUUUUAAACACACGCUCAACUUCAGGUAGGGUUUGAUCCUGAAAUUUAACUAGAAAAACUGAUCGGAAAUCUAAUAAGUAAAACAUUUAAAUACGCAACUUUGUAAUUGUCUUUUCAAAUGGUCCAGCGUUCUUUGUUAUGUUUCCAAAGGCGACACAUAAAUUAGGGUGAGGCAAUGUUGUUAACUGACUAUGCUGCUUGAUCCUUUCUUUAAUAAAAAUGCCAAAUGCGUGGAAACGGAUGCGCCAGAGCCGGUGAACGCCAUUGCUUACUGACGACGUACAUUGACCGGACGAAACAUUGCGAUCAGUACUUAAAAGAACGGAGACCAACGAAUUAGAAAACUAAAAUUCUUCAUUAUUGACUGUUGUCGAUUUUUUUAAAAAAGUCUGGUUAAUUUUCAGGGUGGUUACGGUCGGUAUGGCCGGCAAACGUCCGCCGAGGAUUGGAAGCGAAGCCCAACCCAAGCUCAACCUUGGGACAACUUUUACGGGUCGAACCAGUCUCCUAGUGGUAGGCUGCCCUCGGCAAGCAGCAUCUCCUCCGUUCGUUCAAGUUCCAGUUCGUCCGAAGAAAUUCCUGUUGAGGGUCAAAUGGAUGGUCGAGCACCAUUUGGGAUGGGUGGUUUGGGUGGAAGACGGCAAGGACCUCGCUCUGCAGUCUUACCUGAUAAAGCUGUCGAUGAGUCGCGUUCCAUGCCACAGAAUUAUGGGUAAAUCCACAACAAUCACUUCAUAUAUUGUAACGUUAAAAUAUGUGUAACGCUUGGAGGCAGAUCUUUAACGACAACUGUUAACACGAGGCUCCUGCUGUCACGUAAACAAUCGUGACCUAAGAAGCUACCAUUUCACUUCUUAUGAGCCCUUGUGAGGGAUCGACAAUUUUUUUUUUAAAAAAAACUCCAAAAUAGAUCGAAAAUACCCGGUGAAGAGCUGUCAGGUUUAUUUUGUUAGUUUUUCGGCAGAGAGUAGGGGCCCAUCACCAUAAAGAUUUCAUCUUUCCUGUUAGGGCUGGAUCUUAUGGUGCUGUGUAGAUUAGAUUUACCCACACAAAACCUCUUUGCUAACUGAAACACCCAAGGCGUCCUAUGUAUGGCAAUCCAGAUUCCGGAUUCCGGGAAAUUUUUGCUAAUGGAAGGUGGAAUUGUGGGCUAUGGAAUCCGGAAUUCAGCUCUAGAAAUCCGGAAUCCAACAAACGAUUAUCAACGCAGCUGAAAUAGUUCCUGGUAAUGCGUCCUUUAGCAUUUGAAAUAAAAUUAGAUGCAAGUGACAUUCCUGAGAUAUAUUGUCAUUUCCUAUGGUUUUAUUCCAGACCUCCAUCCUCUCCAUUUGAGCCCUGGUCACCCAGGCAGCAAGGUUUUCCUAUGAGAGGUCAGCGGCGUUAUUCGUCCCCAACUGGAAACGGUGUCCGUUCUCCGAACACUGACUUCUGGAAUCCGCAGCAACAAAUGGGAGGCUUCCAGCGGUCUUGGCCAUCACCCGCUGAUCAGGCCCAGCUUUCUGAUUCUCCUCAGGUCUCCUUGUCAUCUGGACUGAGGCCCACAGCCGAUCCUUGGCCUCCAGCGGUUUCAACUACUCCAAGCAGUAGUCAUGCUCAGUCUACUCUGGCAUCCAGUGGUCAGGGAGACACGAUGACGUUCAUGUCUGGUGGGAUAGGUAUGCGUUAAGGUGGGAGUGGGCACUUGUUGCCACGGAAGCAUGUAUAGGAAUUGAAUUUAAAGGGGCAUGGUGCAUCAACACGUUAUGCUAUCGAAUAUUACACAGCUUAUCUUAAAAAGGUAACUAAAAAGAGCUGUCGCAUAGCUAUGAUGAAACCUGCUUUACAUUUUAACCCAUUAACCACUUUAGCCAAAGUGUAAAUGUAUAACAAUGGAAUGUAGAUUUGGCAUUAUCUUUAGACAAUAAUUGCCAUUUAUAUACGUACAAGGUUUCCACAAACAAAAGUGGUAGACCUAGUGCUGAAUUGCCUUCAAUUCAAGCAAUUAACAUAAAUGCUAAUGGAUAAAGUUAUGUUAAAUUGCUCUUAAAUGUCUUGCUUGUUAUCACAAAUUUAAGGGCAAACAUUAAUGGUAGUUAACCAACCGUUACUUAAUGUUCAGCCAUGAAGCUAAAGAACUAGAUGAUUAACCUUUUGUAAAAAAAAAAAAAAUAAUAAUAAUAAUAGAAAGAAAUUCACUUUGCCUUUUUCAUAUUUAGGAACCUCAAACUGAAUCUUUGAUAAUCUCGAAUAAUUUAAAAGCAGUAUUUACAAACAAUAUUUGAUGAAGAAAAUUUCAUAUACAUAUUAUUGCCAAUCCAUGGAGAGAGAUAUUUUUUUUGUUUAAAUAUAGUUAUUCUUAUUUAUCAUAUGGACCAAAAAUCUUCUAUUUGUUGAAUAAUCUUUGGAGUAAAAGAAGAGUUAAAAUUUAGGGAUAAACUUGUAUUUAACAAGAGGAAAUCAUUAUAGAAUAACAAAUUUUGUGGAUAGAAAAGAGCUUUUGUUAAAAUGUGUUUGAUGGUUUUUUACUAUUUUAAGUAACGAUUUAAUUGAAAACAUUUCGAAUUAGUUUGACGUUGUUCGUCAUUAUAGUUACGGCGUGCAUGUAUCACCUGCUAGGGUUUAGGGAUCUUUAUGCAAAGCUGUUUGAUUUCGUAGCAUUCAACUUGAAUCGCUUUGGUACACAAAAAAGUAUUGUGUUAUAGCAAUGCAAAGACUAGGGUAUGAAAAAUGAACGAGUUGAAUUUUACCGAAAUUUCACUAGCUAGUUCUGAACAUGGCAAGGGUUAAUUUCAAACCCUUACAUUCCUCCAACCCCUAACACCCUACCCCCACCCUUUCUUAAAAAAGGAAAAGAAAAAAAAAACAAAGUUUUUAGAACAGGAUAAGAUAGAUUUACUAAACUGCUGAGUGUUGGUAUAUGUCCGGACAAUCGUAGACGCGUCGCAGUCUGUCUUUUGCGCAAACAUUUGUGCGUGCACGCGCGCAAUAAUGCGAGUGUGCAAGGUGUGCGAGCGAUGAUAGCUUGUUCCAGGCUCUCAGAUAGUAAGGAACACGCACAGUGAAAGGCACGCGAAAAUAUGAGCGCGUGAUCUGGGAAAAGGGGGCGGUGGUGGAAAAAAGUUUCCUCUCGUUCUAUUUCGUGUUACUGCUGUCUCACUUCCGAGGCCCCGACUAUCUCGGAGCCUGGAAUAGGCUACUGCGACGAAGGCACGAGCAACGGUUUAUUCGAGCAAAAGAGAUCCUUCUAGCAGUCUAGGACAAUCAUGUCCCACAAGGCAGUUAAGAUUACGUCCAAUACGGGCCAAUUUUAGUGCAAAGACCGACUGUUAUUUGCAGCUCUGUUGUGAUUAAAAUCACUUUAUGAUGCAUGGCUUUAAAAAGGUAAACGGGUCUUGUUUGUUUAUGCUCCUUAAGCAUCAUUUCAACGUGGGAUUAGAGCAUUGGGCCAGGGGAGCGUUCCUGGAGUGCUAUUUUGUAUCAGUCGAUUCUACUUUUUCGGUCUAUGUGGGAAAUCUAAAACUGCGACCAUACAAAAGUGGAAGCCACUGGGCUUUCACUUCGUGUGGUUCUGCUCGUGAUGCUGUACACGUGGGUCGAGUCGCCCCUUGUCAGGUAAUCCGGAUUCCAGAAUCCGGGAAAUGCCUUGGAAUCCGGAAUCCAGGACUCUGGAACCCAGGAUUCAGCUUAAGAAAUCCGAAAUCCCGCUAAAGAUUGAAAUCCCGAAUCCGAGUUCCAUUGACAGGAAACUUGGAAUCCAGUACCUGGAAUCCGGAAUCCACAUCGUGGAAUCCAGAAUCCAAGACUCUCUUGGAUUACCACACUUAUACUACUACAUGAGAAAUUGCUGCAAUUUGAUUGCCUCAGAGCAGUGGUAUUUCACCUUAAUUUGAAAUACCUAUAUGUGAAAAGUACAAACCUUUCGUAGGUAGUAGUAUAAACAAAUAAUAGCAUGAUUUGUACGUGAUAUUUGGCAUAAAUACCACUCGUGAUAUUUUAAAAUUGUUUCAAAUUUCACUCGCCUUACGGGUCGUGAAAUUACGUAUAAUAAUUUCGAAAUAUCACUCGUGGUAUUUAUGCCAAACAUCACUACAAAUCAUGCUUUACCUAUACUAAGAGGGGCGAGUUAGGGAUUCUGUAGAUGAUAAUCUACAAGUGCGACCAUUCAGAAUGAAAUCUUAUGAGCAGUAUACUUCCCUGCACACAGCCAACUGCUUUAUCAAAGUGGACUAUAACAGACGAAAUCUUUGUAUGCAUGUAGAAGCGUAUGAAACAAGACUAUAUUUUAAAAUUUAAUUUUCUCUUGACCACUGUUUUUAACUACAUAAUUUUUUUAUGCUGAAUGCAGUUUCAUUUAUAUACCGGUUUGUGGAUAUUUAGAAUUAAUUAGUAUUUAAUACGCUUCAACUGAAUAUUGAAUCAAUCGUAUCAACAGAACGUGUAUCUUGUUGCCAAAUUAGUGCCAUUGAGAAAAAGUAGAUUGAAUUUUUGAUUUGUAAAUAGCUAGUAUUGGCUGUUUUGUAACAAGACGAGUUUUGUGUAGAUUCAAAUAUUUAGAAGCUAUGAAAUAGCCGUUUACAGUAUUUAAGAGUUGGUAGAAAAAUGUCUUUUUUCUAGGAGUUAAUUACAAAACGUACUCGCGUGAACUUAGUUAGUUACACUUGUCGCUUUGAUAAAGAACAUAUAAAUAUGAUCAUAAGUAAACAAAGUUAUACAGUUUCAAUUUAUAUUCUACAUUAUUUAAUAUCUUAUCCAUCUUAUCCAAUAGAAAUAUAAGUAAUGCGUAAAAAAAUUCCUUUGUUGCUCGUGAAAUGUGCUCUGAUUUUUCCUAUGGAAAGCAGCUACCAUGUAGCCUAGUUUCUAGAUAAAGGCUAAGAACUUGCCUCCAGGUAUAACGAAAGUAUAACUUUUAGCUUAGCUUUAUGUUAUAUUAAACAGAAAAAUUUAAAUUAAUUUUAUAAUUAAAAUGAUUUGUUGAAGACGAGAAACUAAAAUUUAUAAUAAUAUAAUACUUAAGAAUGAUUUUUUAACAGCAUAUCUGCAUAAUGUGUACAAUCAAUGAUCAUUAUUGGCGUG